AUGUCUCAUCUGUUUCUAGAAUGUGAGAUUGCAGCAGAGCAAUGGGUGUGGUUAUUCUCCAUGUUUCGACUCCAACCUCCUCACACCAUGCUGAUUCAUGAGGCUUUUCAGGAGCCUUUGCUAACGUCAAUGAAUCACUCAUCACAACUUCUUUGGUCUAUAGCAGUUUGCAAUCUACUUUGGACUCUUUGGACUACACGCAACAAGGUCAGGUUUGAUGGAUUUGCCUUUCAGCUAACCCUUUUUAAGCAAAAAUUUUUACUCUCUUUGAGAGAGUCUGCAGGUUUAGCUUUUAAGGCUAUUUCGGCAAUGCGUUCAUCCUCACUCCCCAUUUUUAAUCAUUUGGGGUUGUCACCACUGCAGCCCACGGCUCCCACCUUCACCCCUGUAUUAUGGAAGGCCCCUCCUACACAUUGGGUGAAGGUCAAUACUGAUGGUUCAUUUCAUGACGCUGAACACGCUGGUUUUGGCGGAAUUUUCAGAAGCGAUGAAGCAGAUUUCUUGGGAGCCUUUUGUAAUAAGGCGCAAGUCACCAGUGCAAUUGAGACAGAAAUUCUCGCCGUUAUUGAAGCUCUCCAAGUGGCUAAAUCAAAAGGUUGGGACUUCCUUUGGUUAGAAACUGAUUCUUUGCUUAUAGUCCAUUACUUUAAGCACCAUGAAGCAGUUCCAUGGCGCUAUCGAGUUAGAUGGCUUAAUUGCAUCCACCUGGCUAAGCAGAUGCAUGUUCACGUAUCACACAUCUUUAGAGAGGGUAAUUGCGUAGCAGACAAGUUAGCAAACCAUGGUGCUUUGCACGGUGGUCCUUUUUGGUGGAGUUCACUUCCGCAAUUUCUACACAACUCGUUUGGUCAUGAUUUUUCGGGUAGAUCCAAUUAUCGCUUUCGUUAA